ACUUUGUAAUAUGCAGACACCACCCUUUACUCUCUCUGCUCCUUCAAACUCAAAAAUCUUCUAUUCCUCUGUUCUGCUUCUCAUUUUUUACUCUUCCGAUAACACAAUAAUUCACACUAUUUCACUUACUUCCAUGUUUUUUCCUUCUAAAUAUUCUUCAAAAUUUUUUGGGUCUUACAGAUUCCUACACCUGAACCUUUUGCUUCUUCACAGCCAUAGAUCUCCAAUUUGAAAUGACCUUUUGCUCUGCUUGCUGCUUAUAUUAGUCCCUUUUGACAAGGCCCAAUUUACAGAACUACAAAGAGCAAGGAAAAAAAAAAUAAAAAGAAAAAUAGAAAGGAAAAAAGAGAAAAACAACAAUGGAGAGUAAUAGCUGCAGGUGGGAGCAGAAGACAUUGAUGAAUGAGCUAAUGGAAGGGAUGGAAUUAGCUAAACAGCUGAGGCUAAAUCUAGGUGCGAAAUCUUCAGCAGAGACCAGAGAGUUUUUACUUCAGAAGAUAUUGUCUUCAUAUGAGAAAUCUCUGAUGAUUCUGAAAUGGAGUGGACCAAUGGUACAGCCUCAGACUCAGACUCAGACUCAGAUUCAGGGAGUGACUGUCACUGUUAGUGUUCCUCCUGAGUCUCCAAUCUCAGUGGAUGAAAGUCCACGUGGAGAUGAAUUUGACAGAGGUACGAUUAUUAAAGAGGACCUCAGAGACUGCUCCAAGAAGAGAAAGGUAUUGCCUAGAUGGACUGACCACGUGAGAAUUAACUCUGAGAAUGGUUUGGAAGGUCCUCAUGAUGACGGCUAUAGCUGGAGAAAAUAUGGGCAAAAGGACAUCCUCGGAGCCAAAUAUCCUAGAAGCUAUUACAGAUGCACUUUCAGAAACACUCAAAGUUGUUGGGCUACAAAGCAAGUGCAAAGAUCAGAUGAUGAUCCAUCUGUGUUUGAGAUCACAUACAGGGGAAAACAUACAUGCUCACAAGGCAGCAACCCUGUUCAACCACCAGCAUCACCAGAAAAGCAAGAAAGGAAACUACAUAACCAGAACCCUGUUCCUCAACAACAACAACAAUAUGGUGAGCAAUUUAGUCUGCAGUCCCCAAGUAAUUCGAGGGUCAACAAUGAGGACUUGGAACGCAGAGAGGUUGUUGCACCUCCAUUCUCCUUUCCUUCUGGUUCAUGUGGAUACAUGAUGGGUGAAGAUAACUUUUCAGCUUUGGUUCUUGACAAUGAAACUUUCUUGGGGAGUUUCUCUCAAUCAUUUUUAUCGCCGGCAACGCCAGAACCGAAUUACUACAUGGCUUCGCCGAGCCGGAUGAACAACCUUGCAGGGAUUCAUAACGGGCAGCGUUCGGAAUCUGAUCUUCCUGAGAUAAUCUCGGCCAACACUUCAGCCAGCAACUCUCCUAUCCCAGACAUGGAUUUCUCACUUGAACGUGUGGAAAUCGAUACAAAUUUCCCAUUUGACACAGCGGGAUUUUUCCCUUAAUUCCACUUGAAGAUUGUAAAAUCAGAAUAAGUAAGCAUUUCAAGUUGCAAAUCACCAGAAUAGCUAGCAGGACUUGUUAAAAGUAGUUUGUUAUAUAAGAGAGGAAGAAUGAUUUCUAGAAUACAUAAGAGCUUUUUUCCUAA